AUGGCUGACUCUGAAAAAGCAAAGUCCAAGGGUAUCCUUUCUGAGAAUACCUCUCAGGAGACGAGAGAAAGAAGAAUUGACGAUUACGUGGAGGUUGGAGAAAAACGGGACGAAACCGAAGGCUCAAGUCCCUCUUUAAACCCUGAGAAAGCAGUGACUGAAGAGUCGUCCCUGAAGAAGAAACUGUUAAGCUGGGAUCUUGUUAUCUGGGUUAUUUUUGCAUACGGCUAUGCAGUGGCAAUUCUAUCCUCUUUGGCGUUCCCUUACGUCAACUACAACUAUGCUACUGCCGAAGUGGACAACUCCUUAUUGACCCAAAUGCACAAGACCAUUCACUCCUUGGAGACAGUCAUCCCAGGAUCUACGAGAGAUAUUCUGCUGCUCUUACCUGAGAAAUGGCCCCAUGCAAUGUACAAAGCACAUUUCCGUGGUUGCAGAAUAAAUGACGACUCCACCCAAGUGUGUUAUUAUGGAAAUAACAUCGUGGAUUUAUUUGCUGGAGACAUAGCUGUCCAGAUAGCAGAAUACAAUGCCUUAGAGGACGUCAACGGUUUUAAGAAGGAGUUCGUGGCCACGUUCCCUGAAGCAAAGCAAGACCUCAAGUUGGAGUUGAGGAAAAAAAGAUAUUGGUCAAGUGGCGAAUGGCUCUACGACCUCAAAGCAAGAAUUCUCAACAACUUGCCCAGUACAAAGCAGACUUCUGAACCGUUGCAGUGUAUGUUUUAUGUCACAAUAGCUCUCAUGCUGGUGUCCUUGGCUAUCUCAUUUACGCACGAUGGGAGCGAUCCUGGUACGGUUACUCACCUCUUCUGUACUUGUGUGCUUCUUGGAAUCUUCACUAGAGCCAAGAACCUUUGGGAUUUCAGGAAAGGGUGGUCCGAAAUCGAGCCUUUCCUCGAUUCGUCUCAUCCAGGUCCACACCAAAUUGUGGAAUUCACAGUUGAGCUACUAUCUAUAGGGUUCGUUAUCCUAGGUUUUUUAGAAUGGUCAAGUUCGCAAGAGAAAAAGUUGCGUGAACUGAAGAACAACGAUUUGAAGAACGACAAAUCGGAGAACUAUGAGCUGAACGAGGAGCUAGCGAAUGAUGGUUCAAAGAAAGAUGAGCCAAAGGAGGACGUCUGA